AUGUCGCCUGCUGCCCAGUUCCUGAAUGGCUGGGGUAGCAACUCUCAAACCGCUGCAGAACCAAAGCCGGAUGAUGAAGGUCAGUCCAUUGGUAUCAACAACGAGUAUGUCGUCGGUCGUCAAAUUGGUUCGGGCGGUUUCAGUCUUGUCAAGGAGGUUAUCGGUAUGGACGAUAAUGGCCAAAGGAUCAAGCGUGCUGUCAAGAUCGUUCGCAAGACGGUCGCCAAUGUCAGUGAAGCCGAGAAUGACAAGGCCCAACAAGCUGUCGACUAUGAGAUCGGCAUUUGGCGCUACCUGAACCAUCCUCACAUACUCCAACUCCACACGAGCUUCAUCACGGACUUUGCUACCUUCUGCAUCAUGGAUCUGGUCGAGAGCGGCUCCUUGUACGAUCUCCUCAGCGAACUUCGAAACAACGGUCAGAUGGGCUUGAAUCCUGAACUUGCAAAGACAUACUCACACCAACUUGCUGCGGCGCUGAGAUACAUGCACGCAGACGUCAGACUCGUCCAUCGCGACGUCAAGCUCGAGAACUGUCUUGUCCAGAUCAGGCCUGAGGACGAAUGCGGCAGUCUCAAGCUAUGCGACUUUGGCCUGGCCAGCUUUGUCGAUGGCGACGCAUCGGGUAUGACUGAUAGUGUACGCUCACUCGACUCUGAAGACAACAAGGAACCUGCGGGCACCCUCGAGUACCUGGCUCCAGAACUACUAGGUGGCACUACGCGAAAGGACUACUCUGCAGACAUCUGGGCCUUUGGCGUGUGCGUAUACACCAUGGUCACUGGCAAGCGUCCGUUCCAGCACACGAUUCAGUUCAAGCUUGUGGAACUAAUCGAGGCCGGCGACUGGAAUAAGGAUCUGGUCCUAGCAUCUCCCGCUGGCCAAGUCGACGGCGAAGACAUCUGCGACCUGCUCCAUGGCUGUUUGGACACCGAUCCCGAGUCGAGAUGGACCAUCGCUGAUGUCAUGGGCUGUAAUUGGUUCACUGGUCUUGUCGACGUCGCAGCUGACCCCGACUGGGAACACGUGAACAACACACAGACCUAA